AUGUCGGCGGAUGACACUAUAAGUUCUGAGUUGUACUCUACACUCAACUCUGAAUUGAUACAUAUCCAAUUAAAUGAUUACGAUUUCUAUCUUACAAAACCUGGAAGAUUGGAUGCACUUCAUGGAAAUAGUCUGCCUAUGAAUGAGUACGUGAGAGUGCCGAUUAUAAGGGUUUAUGGUCACCUACCAAGCGGCCAUCAGGUGCUGUGCCACGUACACGGUGUCUUUCCUUACAUCUUCAUACCAUACGAUGGUCAAGAUUCAGAUACACCUACAACGAUGAAUCAGAAGUGUGCCCAAUUGCAUAAUGUCCUAGAAAUUAAGUCACAAUUAUCAAUGGUCAAGAAAAAGGAUAUCAAACAAUUCAAGCAGAAGAUCAGUGGUCUCAAGUAUAUUGCUAACGUUUCGGUGGUCAAAGGGGUUCCCUUCUAUGGUUUCAACGUUGGUUGGUCUCUUUUCUACAAGAUUUCGGUGCUGGAUGCAGGCUUCACAAACAAGUUAUCAGAUUUGAUUAGAGAUGGGAAAAUGUUUGAAAAGCCUAUAGAAACUUUCGAAUCACAGCUUCCCUUUCUUUUGCAGUUCUCAGCUGAUUUCAAUUUAUUUGGAUGUUCAUGGGUUGAUCUCGAGCAGUGCUACUUCAGGACUCCGGUGCUUAACGCAGCUUUGGAUUUGGACAAGAUAUUACACAAUGAAGAGCUUGAGAAAUUUUUGGAACACUUUCGGGAUGAAAGUAGCAAUACGCUCUCUGAAAAAGAAUUCCCUAGAAUGGGCAACGGUUUAUUGGAAAUUGACGUUUUACCUCAGUUUAUUCGUAAUGUUGAUGAUGUUCAUUUCCGUGAUUUGCAUCACAACUUUUGCGAGAAACUUGAUGAUACUUCCAAACUUUUGAGUAAACCAUUCGUUUCUUCGACCAAAAAUAUUAUUCGAGAAAUCUCAGCACAACGACAGGCUUUAUCUCUAGACGCAUUCAUGGCCUCUGCAAGCAUUCCAAGACUGGUAGACGAAAACGUGCAAUGGCAGUCCUCCAACAUGUUUGAAGGAAAAUUCGAAAAAGCUGUCUCACAAUCGGGCUCAUUAAACACUGGCACUAACUUUCAUAAUUAUGUCCAGAGUAGCGCAGCUAUCGAUACUGUGAAAAAGAUACGAGACUCAAUUAGCGAGCUUUGGCCCCGUCGCCCUGAUCUAAAUCUUGAUCUAGAGAAGCCGAAAGUCAUACCGGACGUCGUUGAUACUCUAGAUUGUGGCUACAACGUUGCAUACGUCAGCGAUGGAGAGAAUGUAGAAGUUCCCAGUUCUCAGGACAUCGAAGAUCGGAAUAACUUAUUCAAAGACCGGGAUAAGGACAAAUCGGAUAAUGGGUCAGAGUUGAGAGCUGAGCAUUUGACGGGGUCGACUGACUUAACAAUGACGCAGAAUAUGGCGAAGAAAUACAAGAAAAGAAGCCGAUUUGCGUCAACCCUGUCAAAUUCCAGAGGGCGCAAGAAGAACAAAAUUCAAAGGGCAGGAAUUAAAAAUCCGGCAGGGUCAUUCGUGUACGUGCGACCGCCAAUUGAUUUCAGCAUGAUUUUGAGUGAUCUAGAAUUAAAAGGUUUUCCUAAGAUUGAUUAUAGAGAUCCAUAUUAUGGGAAUCCGUUGGACCUUCGACAGAAACCUUACGUGUAUGCUGGGAAAAGAUUCGAGAUACUGUCACCGCACUUAAGUUGCCGAAUCCCAGUACCCUUUAGUGAGGAACAUACAACAGAAGACAGAGGGGUAAAGGAGAAUAUUUUUCAUUCUUGGAAGUAUUUGAAAAGACCACCCAGCUUUGCAGAGAUAAAAGCAGAUUUACCGAGAAAGACUAAGAAUCGAUUUAAAUCACAGCUUGAAAAUCCUAUUUCUAAGGAUGAAAUGCUUUACAAAGGCAAUACUGACCAGCAGGCCAAAAGUAAGAAUAUAAAAGUACAUUCUAGUCUAACACAUUUCACUUUAGAGAUUCAUGUACAGACAGAAGGAGCAAAAUUACCGGAUCCGCAAAAGGACGAGGUGUCCAUAAUUUUUUGGCAUCUCGAAAGGGACUCCUAUCCAUUUGACUUUCAUGUUUCCCCCAUGGGAAUCAUGGUUCUGAAGAGUCCUGAUGUUGACGAUAAUUUCACAGAUAGAAUCCAAAGGGCAGCAGGAAAAAUUCCCGUUGCCUUUUACGAUGAUGAAUUUGAUCUGUUCGAUGCUUUAGUGGACAUUGUUUUGAUCUUCGAUCCCGAUUUACUAUCUGGAUUCGAGGUGCAUUCUUCGUCAUGGGGUUAUAUCAUCGAAAGGUGCAGACAAGCGCACCGCUUCGAGAUUGCAGACGAAAUAUCCAGAGUCAACAGUAGUGUUAAGACAAAACUCAGAGACCAGUGGGGUUACUCACACGCUUCAUCAAUUGUUAUUUCGGGAAGGCAUAUGAUCAAUGUAUGGAGAGCUGUUAAAGAUGAUUUAGCCUUAACAAAGUAUACCAUUGAAAACAUAGCCUAUGUGGCCUUUCGGCAGCGGCUCCCACACUUUUCGUUUCAAUCGCUGUCAGAAAUGUGGCGAAAUAAUCAUAAUCUGUCGAGCGCAAAAACAGUCUUAAGCUAUUGGGUUGAUCGUGUUGAGCUCAAUAUUCGCUUGCUUCAAAAGCAGGAAUAUAUUCCUCGAGUAACUGAGCUUUCACGUCUUACCGGUAUUGACUUUUACUCGGUUUAUUACAGAGGUUCUCAAUAUAAAAUAGAAUCUAUCCUAGGCAGAUUAUGCAAGGCAGAAAGCUUCAUCAUGGUAGCACCGAGCAAAAGACGAGUUAAGCAACAGAACGCUUUGGAAUGUGUGCCGUUGGUUAUGGAGCCGGAGUCUGCCUUUUACAAAAGCCCUUUGGUCGUCUUAGACUUCCAAUCUCUUUAUCCAUCAAUAAUGAUGGCAUACAAUUACUGUUAUUCGACCAUGUUGGGUAGAGUUCCUGAGCUAAAGGUUGGCGAAAACAUCAUUGGGGCCAGUCAGGUAAUUUUGCCCGAGGGUUUACUCACUUUAUUAGCUGAUAACGUUACCAUAUCUCCCAAUGGAAUAGCAUAUGUGAAAUCUACGAUUCGUAAAUCCACGUUGGCAAAGAUGCUGGAAGAUAUAUUAGAUACCAGGUUUAUGGUUAAAAAAACAAUGACAGAUAUCGGCAGAAAUAACGCCUUUUCAAGACGACUUUUAAACAGCAGACAGUUAGCGUUAAAGCUGAUAGCCAAUGUUACUUAUGGGUAUACAUCAGCAUCGUUUUCAGGUCGAAUGCCUUGCUCUGAUUUGGCUGACAGCGUUGUGCAAACAGGUAGAGAAACGCUUGAGAAGGCGAUCGAUUUUAUCGAGAGUAAUCCAGACUGGGGUGCUAAAGUGGUUUAUGGUGAUACAGAUAGUCUGUUCGUUUAUUUGCCCGGCAAAUCAAGAGAGGAAGCUUUCACCAUUGGGAAAUCGAUGGCACUCGAGGUAACAAAACGAAAUCCUGCACCUGUUGAGCUUAAGUUUGAAAAGGUCUAUCAUCCAAGUUUGCUUGUUAGCAAAAAGAGGUAUGUUGGCUACAUGUACGAUAAAAACGCUAAGCAAGAUCCCAUUUUUGAUGCUAAAGGUAUCGAAACAGUUCGAAGAGAUGGUCAUCGCGCCCAGCAAAAGAUUGUGGAAAAAUCAAUCCGUAUACUCUUUGAGACCCAAGACCUAUCGAAGGUAAAACAUUUCAUCCAGGAUGAGUUCACGAAAAUCAGAUUAGGCACAGUCUCAGUCCAGGACUUUUGUUUCUCAAAAGUCGUCCGAUUAGGCGCCUAUAAAAGUGAGCAAACGGCCCCUCCUGGUGCUGUUGUAGCUAAACGUAUGAUGAAAGAGGAUCACCGUGCUGCACCUCAAUACAAGGAACGAGUCCCCUAUGUUGUGGUUAAAGGCCCGGCGGGCCAGCUGUUACGCGAAAGAUGCCUAUCUCCCGAAGAGUUCAUGGCAAAUGAUAGCCUGGAGCUUGAUUCCGAAUAUUACAUUAACAAAACCUUAGUUCCCCCACUGGAAAGACUAUUUAAUAUUCUUGGGAUAAACGUUUCUGAGUGGGCUUUCCAACUAACAAGGCAUAAAAAUCUAGUUACAAGCAUGGAUGCAAAAAGCAUAGACAGUAAUCUCUCUUCUACUCAGUGCAUCAAAUGUCGUGGAGAGAUUGGAAAAUCAGAUAGCCUUCUCUGCGAAAAUUGUUUAUCCGAUCGUCCAUUAACUGCCUCGCAAUUGAUUUUGCGUACAACCUCAAACGAGUCCCGCUUGAGAUCUAUAUCAACAGUUUGCCGUACUUGUUGCUACCGUUACUCUAAUGACGCAAGUGAAGUAAGCGACCAUAUUGGUGACUGUUGCAACUCUUACGACUGUCCCGUGUAUUUUGGGCGAAUGAAAGCCAGGGGUUCUGCGACUUCCAAGAGAUUUGUACAAUCGGCAGCAGCUUUGAAAGCUAUAGAUUACUGGUGA